GUUGCACUGCACCUUUAAUAAAACGGCGGAGCGGACCGUUGGGUGAGUGACGUGAGACGCAGACUGCGUGCUGAGUGUGGGCAGGAAGAGAGCGCGCGCGGCGGCGGUUGUACCACUUUAACGACUACGAGAACCGUGAACAUUACCGUGUGAUAUAUAUAUACUCCUGGGGUUCAACAUGCCACUCUGUUAACGCUGGGUUUGCGUUCUUAACCCCUGUUCAAUUCGCACAUUUGAACAGACAUUGUGCGACCACGCCCCGUUAUCCACGUCUAGCCCCACCGGAAAACCGCUCGUGGAGGCACAACGAGCGGCGCUGCGUGCCAUUUGAAACACAGCAGGGCUGCGGCGGGCUCGCGGCUUCGGAGUGCGUUCCAAAAGGAAGCCGAGAAGGAGGAGGAGAGGAGAGGAUAGAAGCCUGAGUGGGGCUUCUUCUUGAGUGCCUGCUGAACCAUGAGAGAAUACAAAGUGGUGGUUCUGGGUUCCGGAGGAGUUGGCAAAUCUGCCAUCACUGUCCAGUUCGUGACGGGUUCAUUCAUAGAGAAGUACGACCCCACGAUAGAGGACUUCUACAGGAAGGAGAUCGAGGUGGACUCCUCGCCGUCCGUCCUGGAGAUCCUGGACACGGCGGGCACGGAGCAGUUCGCGUCUAUGCGGGACCUGUACAUUAAAAACGGCCAGGGGUUCAUCCUGGUGUACAGCCUGGUGAACCAGCAGAGCUUCCAAGACAUCAAGCCCAUGAGAGACCAGAUCAUCCGGGUGAAGAGGUACGAGAGGGUGCCCAUGAUCCUAGUCGGCAACAAGGUGGACCUGGAGGGGGAGAGAGAAGUGUCGUCAGGGGAGGGGAAGGCUCUGGCGGACGAGUGGAAAUGCCCGUUCAUGGAGACCUCAGCCAAAAAUAAGAGCUCUGUGGACGAACUGUUUGCAGAGAUAGUCCGGCAGAUGAACUAUGCCUCUACACCCAAUGGCGACGACCAGUGCUGCUCGUCUUGUGUCAUUCUUUAAAAAAGGACAAUAUCAACGUUUUUUUGUUGUUAUGGUCAAAUGGCAAUGUUUGUUGCAGGAAGUCCGUGCCGUUGAGUUCUUCUUCUUCGUGUCUCACCCCAGCUUUAGAGGAAUGCUGAGCGAGGAGGAGGAGGAGGAGGAGGAGGAGGAGGAGGAGCGAGAGGAGGGGAGCGUGAGAGGAGAGGAGAGGGCUCCACCCCUCAGCAGAUCGGCUGGCUUGGACUCUCUGUGUGCAGGAGGAUCAAUGUCCCACCAUGGAUACCAACACAGUAUCGAGUCCAUAGUUUCCACUGCCCUCGACUGCACUUCCACGUUACAACUGGAAACGUCUCCCUAGCCCCCCCCCCCCCCCCCCCCCCCCAAGCCAACCUCACCGCCCCCCUCAAAUGGCAGAGAUGUGGACCAGAACCCCUAAGAACACAUAGUGAUGGAUAUUUGUGCUCCAGACGACGACGCGACUAGAGACAAGAGUAUAUUUUGUUAAAUAGCUGUGCAUAUUACGAGGAGGUGGAACAGAAUUCUCGGCCGCCAUUUCCCCCCUACCACCCGAACACGCUGUCCCACGAACACGGAGCCAACAUCGUUCCACGAACCCUCCCACCCCCAAUCCCCCCCCCCCCCCCCCCCCCCCCAGCUACCCCCCAGCUUGUGUACGUUCGAUGGUCGCUGCUCCGAAUAACACCGUCCGUCCGUCCCCCGCCCCGAAGUCAAAGACUCUGACAUCGCUUGAACCGGCGGGGAUGGGCCACCGCGAGGGAGAAGGGAGCGUUGGCGUGUGGGGGGGGGACCUCAACUGGAGCGAAACGGAGUGGGGGGGGGGGGGGGGGGGCGGUGACCUCUUGACCUGACCGCCCGUGUGUCGAGUGCCUUUCCAUAACAGAUCAGCUGUUCUGACUUUGUGCCAACUCCCCCAGUAUCAGCCACCACCACUACCCCUGCCCCCCCUCCCCCGGACACACAGAGACACACACACUCCUCCACACGUAAUCUUAGAAGGGGUGGUGGCAUUAACAAGAAUAUAUAUAUUAUAUAUAUUUAAAACAAAAUUGAAAACUAUCGGCUUUCUUUUGUUAAUGGAGAUUUUUAGUUUCCAUCGUGAGUUUGCCUUUUUAUUUUUAAAGACUAUUGAACUCGUUCUAGUCUGAAACGCACAGGUACUGAAACCCUUACACUUGAUAACGAUGGACGCGUUAAUCUACCGAAAUCUGUUUUGUUUUUGGUUCUUAACAGGAUGUGUGACAAUGUACCUUUGACAGAUUUAACCUGAUUGUAAGUGAAAUUUCAGGCCAUGCUUUUUCCACAGUGGUCUGCCUGUUUAAAAAAAAAAAACAUAACAAAAACAAAGACUUUUAAUACAAAUUGCAUUUCUUACAAAA